AUGCCUCUUUCCCUUACUUGGCUUUCCUUGCUGCUCAACGCUGUUCUCAUCUGGUUUUCGUUGAGCACCUUCAGCAACUACAGACAACCCAGACCCCACAAUUUCCAGAACAUAGAUGCGGAACAAUGGUACGAAAAACACCCAGUGGACUUGCUUAACGCCUCGGCUGUAUUUAACACAGUCCAUGGGGCGUUGAAAGAGAAGGAUAACAGUAUCUUUCCCGUGGGGGUGUCGUUCAUUCCAGCGUAUAUUCCACCCAACACCCUCAUGUACCACUCCACAGGGCUGCCCCACGUACCGGAGUCCUAUGAGUGGAUUGCCAUGGAUUAUGAGUUCAGCUACAGCUUUGCUGGGUUCGAUAGAGGCAAUGGGCCUCCUCGGUUCGGAAAACCACACAAGAGACCCCACAAGUCGAUGGUGGGAGAGAGGAGCCAGGAAGUGAUCACAGAAGAAAACACAAAGCCUUUGGAUAAGCUCAUCUAUCUCGAUGGUGCUUCUGCAGCGAAGACAAACACGGGAGAAAUGGACCAGCAGUUGAUUUUGAGCAGACAGAAGGAUAUCAACAAAAAAGUGAACGAGUACGAGGCAGCAGAGAAGAUUUGCAAAUGGGGCAAGGAAUUCGGCCUUCAAGGAUUCAUUCGUCUUGAAGUCGGAUUCGAAAUGGUUCUCUGUGAUUUCCACGACGGAAUCGAGCUCGUGGCCAACGUUACCUUGAACAACAUCACAAGUUUGGCUCACUUGCCCUACGAAAAGCCCACUCCAAAAACUUCUCUUGAAGAAAAAAGAAAGCACCUCGUAGACAAGUGGUCAUAUAUGAACAGAUUCGAGCACCAACAAGCUGGCGCUGGCGUGGAUAGCGGAGACCAGAGAAUUUUGCUUGACUUCUCAAAGAUGGUCACUCCUCUCAAUCAUACAUGGCUCAAUCCUGAUCCGUACAAAAGAAGAAUUCAUAACCUCUCCGAGGAACUCAAAGAGGCGCUCAUAAGUGACGUUCGUCAGAGCGUGUUAGAGCCUGUGGAUCCAUUUCAUCAAACAAACUGGCAGGUUCUCACCAGACGAAUCGAGGAGAAGUUUGCCCCGAUGCUUUCGGGGCUUAACACUACUCUUGGGGUAUUCGAAGCAAGUUCAAAGGAGGGUGAUCUUGGUGCAGCCUUAGAAACCGCAAUUUCUGACCUAUCCCGGUUGACUUUCAAUUUCGUAAGAAGGUAUUCUGACGAUAACACCGAGGAUGAAGAGACAAAAGAGAAGGAUGCGAUCAAAAUGGCCAUCAAGGACUAUGCUUAUCACACGUUUCCAUUGACAACUAGGUCAGACAGUUUGAUUUACUCCUCCUUGUAUCGAGUGACCAGAGAGGUGGUGGAAACCGUUUUUGGAAUAUUCCGUGAUGUCAGGGAGAUGAUGCUGGACAUCUACAUUGAGCCCAAAAAUGAUAGGCAUGACGAGUUCAAGCACAGUUUGCUCACCAUGAAGCAGAAGCUCGCGGAUCUUUUGGGUGCCUUGCGCUGGUCGAUAUUCACCCGCUGUUCUAGACUAUGUAAGUGGGAUGAAGUAUGCUAUACGCCUACUUGGGGCCCCGGACCUAUGGGCUGGGGAGCAAACGAUAAGUACUUUGAGUUCGAUGGCGAACGGUACAGAAUACCUAUGGCGUUGCAGUGCGUCAACUACAAGGAUAUGCGUCGUUGGUGA